GAGAGAGAGAGAGAGAGAGAGAGAGAGAGAGAGAGAGAGAGAGAGAGAGAGAGAGAGAGAGAGAGAGAGAGAGAGAGAGUUUAAUGAGCAGCUGCUGUAUGGGCCAUGGACAGAUGGCACCUUUACAGCAGCAGCAGCCUGCAGCCUGCAGUUUGAUGACCAAUUUGACGAGUUUGACCAGUUUGGCUGUACACAAGGGGCAGCAGGAACGCUUUGGCCUGCCAACGAAGGGCGGUGACCAUCAUUUGCCACCGCUUUGUCUUUGCCAUUGUCGCUGCUAUUACCCGCUAGGAAGUAGCGGCACAGUAGCGGCGAAAGAGAAAGAUGGAUGCCAAGUGCUGGGCUACAGUACAUCAGGGAGGAUCCGCAGCGCAAAAAGGCAGGGAAGCGAGCAGAAGUGCAGCAGCAGCAGCCAAGCCAUCGGGGCUUCAAUAUGGGAAGCAGGGACCGUCGCCCAUUGGUCUAAGCACAAGAAGAGUGCGAAGAAGACGAAGAAGUAUGAGUAUGAGGGGGUUCACGGACUCAUUGACAGAGACUUUCGAGUAGACUUCCUCUCCCAGGGAAGAUGGGUGGGACAAGUGUGGGAGAGUCUUAGUGCAACAGAAGAUGGACGGGAGAUAGACGGUCUCUGGAGAAUCAGCCAAGUGUCUGCCUUUCCCACCGAGUGCUUAUGGUGGGAAGAUUGUGUACGGCGGGAAGAUGGUGCACAACUUCCACUGCAAUGCUGCGAUACUAACUGGGGAAGAAGUGGACGCAGACAACGGAGAGGAGGAGUAGGAGGAGGAGGAGGAGGAGGAGGAGGAGGUGAGAUUUGCCAAGCAAGUGCUCAGCGUUUAUGCAUGAACUAUGUCACGACGAAUGGGCUGUGUGUUGGAUUGAACAAUUGCCACGUGGUGGGAAGACCAACUGAUGAUGCUGCUGCCGCUGCUGCUGUUCCUAUCAGGUUCCAGAUUGCAGCGCAGCAGAUUGCCACUGCCAGUGCCACAGUAGUAUCACAGACUGCGGAAGUGGAGGAGAGGGGGGGGGUUGCGCAGGCGGCAGAGAGGAUAAAAAAGGAAGAGGCUGGUGAGAGGGGGGAUGUGCUGAAGGAUGCAGCGGCGGCAGGCAACUUAGACCGCAGGCGAUUACCUCGACAUCUGGCUGUCAUCAUGGAUGGCAACUCCCGCUGGGCGAAAAAGCACUUUUUGCCGGAGAUCGUGGGUCACGAGAGAGGGGUCGAGGCAUUACGGAAACUAGUCCGAUUGUGUCAGGACUGGGGUAUCAAGGCUCUCACCGUGUAUGCUUUCUCUAUAGAGAACUGGUCACGGCCUAAGGGUGAAGUGGCACUGCUCAUGAGGCUCUUUGAGCGAACUCUGCCGGCUGAGCUUCCAAGACUUGAGCGAGAGAAUGUGCGCGUGCGAUUCAUUGGCAAUGUUGCGAUUCUUCCACCCUCAUUGCGGGAGGUCAUCAGCAACGCGGAGGCGCGAACAUCGCAGAAUGCUGGCCUGCUGCUGACAAUUGCAUUGAGCUAUGGUGGGCGGCAGGAUAUCGUCUUCGCCUGCCGCCAUCUCGCAGAAGCUGUUGCUGCCGGCAAAAUGGAACCCUACGAGAUUGAUGAAGCGGCCAUAGCCAAGCACUUAGGCAUGCCACUGAGGGCUGGGGAAUGGGAUACGGAGCUGAGAGACCCUGAUUUACUGAUAAGAACGAGCGGGGAGUGCCGGUUAUCCAAUUUUUUGCUGUGGCAGCUGGCGUACACAGAACUGUAUUUCACUCCGGUGUUGUGGCCGGACUUCAAUGAGCAACAUUUUCGUCAAGCGCUAGAGUCUUAUGUAUCGCGAGAUCGUCGGUUUGGCCAACAUACUCAGUGAUGUGUUGCGGUUUGCACCCCCAAA